AUGGACAAUAACAAGAGCAUCGGCAUGAUCGGCAUGGGCGACAUGGGCAAGAUGUACGCGCGCCGAUUGAGUACUGCGGGAUGGAACGACUUCAUCAUCUACAGUGUCGAGGCGAAGAACAUCGAUGCCGUCGCGAAAGCUUUUGGUCCAUCCACCAAGGUCGGUGCCAUAGUUGGAGGGCAGACAUCAUGUAAAGCCCCAGAGAUUGAUGCCUUUGAGAAGAACUUGCCCGAAGAUGUCAGCAUCAUCUGCGUCCACUCGCUUCAUGGCCCAGGUGUCGACACGAAGGGCCAGCCAUUAGUCUUGAUCAAGCACCGCGCAUCCGACUCCGACUUCGCUUUUGUCGAGAACGUCAUGUCUUGUCUUAGAUCCAAGCACGUCUACCUCACAGCUCAGCAGCACGACCGCAUAACAGCAGACACACAGGCCGUCACCCAUGCCGCUUUCCUUAGCAUGGGCGCAGCAUGGUCCGCAAACAAUCAGUUCCCUUGGGAAACGAGCCGUUACGUCGGCGGCAUCGAGAACGUCAAACAAAACAUCACUCUCCGCAUUUACUCGAACAAGUGGCACGUCUACGCAGGUCUCGCUAUCAUGAACCCAGAUGCCAAGAAACAGAUCAAGCAGUACGCUGAGUCAGUCACUGAGCUUUUCAAGCUCAUGCUUGCUGGGAACCGUGAGGAGCUGAGGAACAGAAUACACACUGCACGCAAAGCCGUGUUUGGAGAAAAUGAGAACUCGGGGAAGCAGUUGUUGCUGCGGGAUGAUCUUCUCGACCAGUUCAGUCUCGGCGCUUUGCCUGAGAAGAAGCUCAGGAACAACCAUCUCAGUUUGCUAGCCAUGGUAGACUGUUGGUGGAAGCUGGGAAUCGUUCCUUAUGAUCAUAUGAUCUGCUCUACUCCACCUUCCCGCAUGUGGCUGGGAAUCACAGAAUACCUCUUCCGCAACCCAACGCUCCUCGAGGAAGCCAUAGAGACCGCGAUUGACGACAACACCUUUCGCGCCGACGAUCUCGAAUUUACAUUUGCCGCUAGAGAUUGGAGUUCCCGUGUCGAUCUGGGCAACUUCGACGGAUACCGUGAGAAAUUUGAGAAGAUCCAGAAGUACUUUGAGCCCCGGUUCCCCGAGGCGACAAAGCUCGGCAACGAAAUGAUUAAGACGAUUCUACGGAAGACGCAGGAGAAUUGA